CUCAAAUGGAGGCAAAAGAAGAUCAAAUCCAAGAAACCCCUGAAGUCAAAGACAAUGGUGAGGGUGAACAAGAUGAGGAAUCUAAGAAGGAAAAAGUUAUUGAAGUAACUGCAGAGGAGUCUGCUAAAUAUUACGACGCUGUUAAGUCAAGAGAGGAGGUAAAGCAUACCAAUAAAGACCUCAAGGUGGAUUUUAGACAACUAACAGAGCAUAAUGUUGGAUCUCUUAAGGUUCUUCUUGACAGGACUCUCCCUGUCAGCUACAGAACAGAUUUCUACAAUAAGCUAGUGUCAUACCAGAGAUACUCUAAGCUCGCUUACUUCAAAGACAUCCUCAUUGGAGCUAUCACUUGUAAGAGCGAUAAGCAAAAAAUUGAAAAAGAUGAUGAAGAAAAGCAUGAAGGGGUGUACAUAAUGACCAUCACAGUGUUCCCCAAAUAUAGAAGAUACGGAAUCGCCUCAAAGCUCCUCGAGGAAGCUAUUAAGGAUUGAUGUACAGAAUGGGAAUACAUCUUCCUGGAUGUGCAAGAGAACAACGUAUCAGCUCUAGAGUUUUACAAAAAGCAUGGGUUUGAAGUCAGCCACAAACGUGUUGAUUAUUACACCAACAUUGAACCAUCUGAUAGCUAUUUCUUGUAUAAGAAAAUCUCCUCUGAAUAGAGGGACAUGCUUGAA